CGGCCUAAGCACGUGCGUCUUGACCCGCCUCCUUGUUGCCGCUGCUGAGCGCGCAGUGAAGCGUUCCUCUGUCCGUGUGCUGUCACCGCUCAUCAUUUAGUCCACCGUGCCGCGGGUCCGGCGCUGUCAUCUGGAAUGAGGCGGUGUGGUGUGUCGUAUCGGACGGACUCCUUGACACUGCGCACAUUCUCUUCUUCGUCCCUGCGGAAGAUGGUGGCUGGCGGCUAAUUCCAACUUCUUACUCCUUGGAGGUCCCUUAUGCCCCCCCUCGCCUGAAGCGCACUGAAAUCAGUUGAGUUCCUGAAAUGACCGAAGUGGAGCCAGUGCUGGACUUUGCCUCCUCGGGGCGCUCAGGGAGGAGAAAUGCCCUGCCUGAUAUCCUGGGCUCUCCAGCGGGUGUAAACCCUGGUGACUUACCUCUAAAACUGGCUGAGCUAUCCCUAAAAGAUGGUCCGGGAGGGGCUCAGUCACCCACGGCGGAGGAGCCACCAGCACCGCCAGAAAGCUCAGAUGGGAAAGAGGGAUCAUAGGGACUCGUUUAUUUACCUCCCCGGAGGCCUACAGAGAUAACCUGAGAGAGGAUGAGGAACGAGGCAGAGGGCGACCUAUGGGAGAAUGAGUGAUGAUCUGUGGAGAGUCACACCGUUUGCGAGGAAGCUGAGCCACGGAGGGAGGGUGAUGGAUCCACUCCCAAAGGACUGGAGCCAAGAGCUUAGGACUGUUUUGGUACUUUCUAAAAAGAGUCAGACGUCACCUAGUUCUGAACCACAUAGUGUGUGCACGUGUGCAUAUAUGCAUAAACGCGGAUACGCUACAUUGGGAAUAAAAAGGACAAUGACCGAUUGUGUCCUGUACACUCUUUAUUACAAUUUUUCUAUGAUUUAUUUAAAACGAAAGAAAAAAGGAACUUGUGAGUCAAAAUGUAACGCACCAUUUUCCUUGCAUUUCCUGCAGAUCUCUGUUUUGUAGCUCUGUGUGUUCUUUGACAGUAGUUUAACUGCAGCCUGUAGUGGCUUGAUCCUUUUUAACUCAUUACACGACUUAAGAAAACUGGGAACUGUGUUAUCCGGCUCAUUUAUGCUUUUUACACUAAAUAUGUAUGAUCUAGUGUGCAUUUUCAAAUGAGUCUAUAACUACACUGCAGUUGUACAGUUUGUAUCCUUCAUCACCAGACUGUUUUAACCAUAACAGCAACCAGGGACUCUUUGCACUUUUUAGGGAUGAUUUGGUGCAACGUGAUGAUAUGGCAACCAAAUAAAGUGUAGUCCAUAUCUUGAAACAUUCCUUUAGAGAAUAGUUUCCCACUGCCAACACUACUUCAUUGUAAUACUGAGAGAAAAAUUAAGAUUUCAUUUUGUUUUUGUUUCAUUGUUUUGCUUUUCAAAGUCUCUUCAUUUUCCAAAUAUCUGAAAAUGUGCCUAGUGGCAGUUUACAACUAAAAGUGGGUGUUGUGUUCUUUCUCUGUGAGGUACUGUUAUUGCAAAUUCCGGGGCUCUUGAUAUUUCCUCAGUUUUAAUAGGAGGUAUCGUUAAAAAAACCCAUCUGAACUACUUGGACUGUGGAUGAAAGAAGAAAACACUGGCCGUAAAAUCCAUUUUGUCUGCGGUGACAGCAGCAUACGCUUGGGCGCGGGAGCAAGCGUUAACAAAUGCUGCAAUCUCCACAAUGUGUUUCUAGUGCUGAAAAUGGCAGCAGUUCCCCUUCUGUCUCACUCGCACGGAGAAAAGUCUGUUCGCGCUCAUCAACACAUGAGCAGAACUGUGAAUAGGACGCGAGCUGGAGAGUGAGAAACAACAGCAAGAGUUCACACUUUGCCAGCUAUCCCCUCUCUGCUACUGUACAUAUACUAUAUUGUAGUAAAAUCCAUGUGUGUCAUACAUGCUGCCUGUAUGAUUACUGGACUGUACCCACAAACAAAAGGUGUUUUGUAAUUGUCUCUAUUUGAAGAUGUGUUGACUGGUGGCCUGUCUUUAUGUGGAUGUGUUUCACAAAUGCAACAAGGAAAACCUGACGUGCUGCUGCCCAGUCUGUCUUUAUUCCUUUUUUUGUUUUGUUUUUUAUGCUGUACUGAUAAAGUGUCUGUGGUCUGUCUGACGCUGAUCAACACAUUUUAAGAGACCGAUGAAUCAGAGGUGUAUGUUGUAGUGUCCUGGUGCAUAUAUUUUACUUAACUGGAUUGAAUCCUUUAUGUUGAUUCUAUCUGGUGGUGAAAAUUGCCAUAUUAAAUCUCCAAGCUUUACCUAUA